AUGGUAACAGGCAUGUCUGCUCAUUUUCACCCAGACUGUGUUGAAGUCUCUUCUCCCAGUUGUGAGGAGUCUAUCAUCAGGAUUCUCCUGCUUGGGAGAAGUGGAUGUGGGAAAAGUGCUUCAGGAAACACAAUACUGGGUAAACAGCUGUUCCAGAGUCCCAGACGCCAUAAAGAACCAGUCACUAAAGAGUGUGUGGAGGGAAGAUCUCAUGUUGCUGACAGAGAGGUGUGUGUGAUAGACACUGUGGACCUGCUCCACCCAGAUCUGACUGAGGAAAAGAUCAGCCAAGAGAGAGAAAAAUGUCUCUCCCUCUCUCAGUCUGGACUUGAUGCUGUCCUGUUAGUGCUUCCUAUUGGAGAAGAGCUGAAGAAUGAGGAAGAGAUGGUGGAGUUUGUUAAAGGUUUAUUUGGACCCGAUGUUCUGAACUUUGUGAUAGUGCUAUUCACACAUGGAGAGAAACUAGAAGAUGAUGAGACAAUUGAACAUUAUAUUCAGAGUGAAAGUGAAGAACUCCAACAGCUAGUGAGAGACUGUGGGGACAGAGUUCACAUCUUCAACAACAUGAACAAAGACAAAAGUCAAGUCACACACUUACUGGAUAAGAUUGAUGAGAUGGUGACCAGUAAUGGAGGAGAAUUUUACCCAGGGAGGAAGAGGAGACGCAGUAUGGGACAGCAUCCAACAUGUGAGGAGGAAACAUCAGGAGAGUCAUGUGACCUGCUGCCCGAAGAGAAAACAGAUCAGAUCACACUGGAGUUACUGUGA